AUGCCGCGUCCGCUGAUAUGCUCUACUCCGUUUUUUCUCAGCAGACGAACCCACACCACCGGUGAGUCGCCUCACGACCUGGCGGCUGCGAUCAAUCGCCAAACCGUAAUCGAAGGUAACAUCGCCGACACUGAUGCCGUAUUCGCCGGCAUUCUUCACCAACUCCAGAACUUCGGCAUUUCGCAACAGCGACUUGCUUGGAAUGCAGCCCCAGUUCAAGCACACUCCACCAACGUUAUCGUCCUCGAUAACCGCAGUGCUCAAACCAAGCUGCGCUGCGCGAAUCGCCGCGACAUAGCCGCCAGGACCCGCGCCAAUAACAACCACAUCAUAAUCUGCCAAUCCAACACCUCAAAACGGAGAGCCUCAUUCACCCUAUCGUAUCGCUUGCGCGAUCACGCCAAGACAUGUUUCUGUGUUUUCUAUCAAGAGCCUAUUCUACACUAA